CCAGACAGUUAACGAUGGCAUGCCUCCCACUCCCCCCAAGUACUGAGACUCACCGUAGUACGACUAAUGCUGAAGGUGCAGUCUAUCCUCUUUUAUUGACAAUGCUUGCUUGCACUGGUUGCCUCCGUAUUUGUCUCGGCGCAAGGGACCGACGACACAUAAUAUGAUAUCACUCUGAAGUCAGCGGCUCCCCGCACCCCACCAGCCUACAUCGUGACUGAAAUUUCGCCCACUGAUCGCCGACCAUCAUCAUCAUCAUCAUCAUCAUCAUGACCACGUCACUCGACCAACUCAAGCAGACAAGUACCGUUGUCGUCAGCGACUCUGGCGACUUUGAGACUAUCGAUGUUUACAAGCCGCAGGAUGCAACGACCAACCCAUCCUUGCUCCUCGCAGCUGCAAAUAAGCCCCAAUACGCACAUCUCGUAGACGCAGCGCUCAAACAUGCCAAGGUGAAAGGAAGAACCCUCGAUCAGCAAGCCAACAUCGCCAUGGAUUGCUUGCUCGUGCAGUUCGGAAAAGCGAUCUUGGAUAUCAUUCCGGGUCGUGUCUCUACUGAGGUCGAUGCUCGCCUUUCCUUCAACAAGGAAGAAACAAUUGCCAAGGCUCAGGCACUCGUCGCUCUCUACGAAUCUGCGGGUAUAAAACGGGACCGCGUACUCAUCAAAAUCGCCUCCACAUGGGAAGGCAUUCAAGCCGCUCGAGAGCUCGAACAGAAACACGGGAUACACUGCAAUCUGACUCUCAUGUUUGGAUUCGUCCAGGCUGUUGCGUGUGCUGAAGCAGGCGUGACUUUGGUCUCGCCUUUUGUUGGGCGUAUUCUGGACUGGUACAAGAAACAUACCGGAAAGGAUUAUUCGGGCGACAACGAUCCGGGUGUCCAAUCCGUUAAGAAGAUAUUCAAUUAUUACAAGCAACACGGGUACAAGACUAUCGUGAUGGGUGCCAGCUUCCGCAACAUUGGAGAAAUCAAAGCCCUAGCGGGCAUCGACUUUUUGACUAUUUCUCCCGCUCUUCUGGAGGAACUCCGCAGGUCUUCAGAUCCCGUUCCGAAGAAACUUGACGCAGAAAAAGCCGCACAAGCAGAUCCCAUCGCAAAGGUUUCUUAUCUGAACAACGAAUCCGCGUUCAGGUGGGAUCUUCUGCAGGAUCAAAUGGCGUUUGAUAAGUUGCACGAGGGCAUUAAGAAGUUUGCGGAUGAUGGAGAUGCACUGAAAGAUGUUCUGAGGAAGAAGCUGUUGGAGGCGUGAAGCGGGGGUGGGCCAGGUCGGAAGAGGUAUGUGUGUGAAGUGCUCGCGUACGUUGUAGGCUACGUAGUUUUGAGUGACUGAAAUAUUGUUGAGG